GUGAGCAGGUGGUUUCUGGAAGGAUGCGCUUAAAAGCCUGUUUCAGCUCUUUAGGUGCACGUUUAGACGUAAGCAAGCAAGCUGAUCAAGCGAUGAUGAAGGCAGCAACGACGUUACUCGUCCUUGUCGGUUUUUCCAUUGCCCAGGCAUAUCCUGAGGAGGAAGCCGCAUUCGCGAGACGCCGCAUGGCGAACUACGAAGACCUGACGAAUCCACUCAAGGUCUGUCGUCCCCGCAGCGAUGACUUUACGUCGUGCAAGCUACGACGAAGGAAGAUGCGUCGGUGUCCUUCUAGGCUAAGCGUGUGCUGCCAGGGCAAGUGCGUCUGCGAGUCAACGCCCAAUCCAUGCAUCCGAAACACAGGGGAAGAGGCGCAACACCGUCACAAUAGAAUCAGGAAGCCCACCUACCCGCCCGACUGGAAUCGCUGCUUGCUCUCGUGCUGGAACGACUGCCUGCUGGCCAUCUGCAUAGAGAGAAUUCGCCGCAACAACUGCAAGGCAACGUGCACAUACUAUUGCAACAAUGAGUGCAGCCGAAAACACCAACGGAUCUGCUAUCGCAUGCGGUCUCGUGUAUCGAAGGCUCUGCCCUUUGUGCCGUUGCUAGUGAGCUAA